GCGUUGCAUAACAUAACAAAUGAUUUUUAUUUUCCUUGUUUCCUGUCCUUAGUAAAAACGUUCACAAUCUUUUGAAGAACGACAACGAUUUAAUGAAGUUUAAAAAUUAAGUCCUCAUAAGAGCGAGUUAUCAUGAAUGUUUCGGAGGCACCAAUUACUUUGGAGACCUUGAAUACGGAGGAAUUGAUGGAACGUAUUCCGACAAUAGUUUACUUAUCAUUAGUCGUGGUUAUCGGGAUACCUGGGAAUACUUUGGUAAUUCUUAUAUAUUUCGGAUCAUUAUGGAAACUCGAAGGAGCACACUGGACUUUUAUUCGUACCAUUACUAUUGUAGAUUUUUUUAUGUGCAUAAUACAUAUCCCUUUUGAAUUUUACCAGCAGACACACCAGUUAACAUUUUAUUCAGAGAGUGCAUGUAAGUCGUUCAAAGUAAUUAGUGUUCAUCUAUCUGUAAUGGCUGCACUUUUGCUAGUAAUGAUGUCCGCUAACAGACUAUAUAGAAUUUGGUGGCCAUUAAAAGUUCCUUUAUCAACACGUCAAGCUUUGGUUUGUGUCAUUAUUCUUGGGAGCUUUGUAACAGCAGUUUCCUGGCCUGAAGGUAUAUUAAGUGGAAUAAAUUUAAAACAACGAAAAAACAAUAUAACUGGGUAUGACUGCGGUAUAGCCGACAGCUAUAAGCGCACAACACAUCCCUUUGCUUACAGUUUUGUGUUGCUUGUAGGGUUUAUACUAUGUGUCUCUUCAUUAAUUACGAUAUAUGCGAUCAUAUGGAAUAAACUCAGAAGAAAAGGGAAUUUCAGGUCAACAAGUUCUAUACAUAUAUCAGCGCAGAUAAACAUCCCUAAUGAGCAAAGUGGUGUUCAAACAGUUACAUUAGGAGAUGAAAGUAGCAUUUCAAGUAAAACUGUUAGUAAAAAAAAUAAAGAUAACUCUUCCGGGGCCGGUAUAAAAUCCCCCCAAAGACAACGGAAAACUUCGCAAAGAAAUCGGGAAUCAAGAAGAGUGUCUAAGACAGCAUUUGUUUUGAGCAUUGCCUUUAUUUUAAGUUAUUUACCUUAUAUAACAGUGAAAAUGGUCGCUGCCCUUUCAAAUGGUCAGUACAAGUCGGAUAGUAUAACCCAAGGAAUUAUUCCUAUUUUAUCAAGAAGUUUUCUACUCAACAACAUUAUAAAUCCGUUUGUGUAUUUGUGCCUAGAUCAUACAUUCCUUACACAAUGUAAACGAGUGAUGUUCUGUAGAACCAGGUGUAUUUUGCAUUAAAAGAUGCGAAUUUUCCUCGACACAUAUUUAACGGAAAAUGUGUAAAUGUUUUUUUCACUUAUCCAUACAUCCAAUCUAAAUACUUUCGGACACGUAAGGCUAACCAAUAUUUGUGUGAAACAGCACCACAAAAAGUUGGACUUUUUAUUAGCACUCUUUUAUUGUCAAAUAGAACCUGUUUUCUAGACUUUUCUUUUGAAGCUUUUUUUACUUUUAAUUCAAUUAUAAAAAUGUUUUAAGGAGUUUAUGUAUUUAUAUGACUGGUAAUUCAUUACAAUGAUGAUGAC